CUCUCUCUGCAGGUCUUUUGGGGUGGUGUUAUGGGAGAUAGUGUAGGGUCAGGGUGUAUAACCCCUCUCUCUCUCUGCAGGUCUUUUGGGGUGGUGUUAUGGGAGAUAGUGUAGGGUCAGGGUGUAUAACCCCUCUCUCUCUCUGCAGGUCUUUUGGGGUGGUGUUAUGGGAGAUAGUGUAGGGUCAGGGUGUAUAACCCCUCUCUCUCUCUCUGCAGGUCUUUUGGGGUGGUGUUAUGGGAGAUAGUGUAGGGUCAGGGUGUAUAACCCCUCUCUCUCUCUCUGCAGGUCUUUUGGGGUGGUGUUAUGGGAGAUAGUGUAGGGUCAGGGUGUAUAACCCCUCUCUCUCUCUCUGCAGGUCUUUUGGGGUGGUGUUAUGGGAGAUAGUGUAGGGUCAGGGUGUAUAACCUCUCUCUCUCUCUCUGCAGGUCUUUUGGGGUGGUGUUAUGGGAGAUAGUGUAGGGUCAGGGUCUAUAACCCCUCUCUCUCUCUGCAGGUCUUUUGGGGUGGUGUUAUGGGAGAUAGUGUAGGGUCAGGGUGUAUAACCCCUCUCUCUCUCUCUCUGCAGGUCUUUUGGGGUGGUGUUAUGGGAGAUAGUGUAGGGUCAGGGUGUAUAACCCCUCUCUCUCUCUCUGCAGGUCUUUUGGGGUGGUGUUAUGGGAGAUAGUGUAGGGUCAGGGUGUAUAACCCCUCUCUCUCUCUCUGCAGGUCUUUUGGGGUGGUGUUAUGGGAGAUAGUGUAGGGUCAGGGUGUAUAACCCCUCUCUCUCUCUGCAGGUCUUUUGGGGUGGUGUUAUGGGAGAUAGUGUAGGGUCAGGGUAUAUAACCCCUCUCUCUCUCUCUCUGCAGGUCUUUUGGGGUGGUGUUAUGGGAGAUAGUGUAGGGUCAGGGUGUAUAACCCCUCUCUCUCUCUGCAGGUCUUUUGGGGUGGUGUUAUGGGAGAUAGUGUAGGGUCAGGGUGUAUAACCUCUCUCGCUCUCUCUGCAGGUCUUUUGGGGUGGUGUUAUGGGAGAUAGUGUAGGGUCAGGGUGUAUAACCCCUCCCUCUCUCUCUCUCUGCAGGUCUUUUGGGGUGGUGUUAUGGGAGAUAGUGUAGGGUCAGGGUGUAUAACCCCUCUCUCUCUCUCUGCAGGUCUUUUGGGGUGGUGUUAUGGGAGAUAGUGUAGGGUCAGGGUGUAUAACCUCUCUCUCUCUCUCUGCAGGUCUUUUGGGGUGGUGUUAUGGGAGAUAGUGUAGGGUCAGGGUGUAUAACCCCUCCCUCUCUCUCUCUCUGCAGGUCUUUUGGGGUGGUGUUAUGGGAGAUAGUGUAGGGUCAGGGUGUAUAACCUCUCUCUCUCUCUCUGCAGGUCUUUUGGGGUGGUGUUAUGGGAGAUAGUGUAGGGUCAGGGUGUAUAACCCCUCUCUCUCUCUGCAGGUCUUUUGGGGUGGUGUUAUGGGAGAUAGUGUAGGGUCAGGGUGUAUAACCCCUCUCUCUCUCUCUGCAGGUCUUUUGGGGUGGUGUUAUGGGAGAUAGUGUAGGGUCAGGGUCUAUAACCCCUCUCUCUCUCUCUCUGCAGGUCUUUUGGGUUGGUGUUAUGGGAGAUAGUGUAGGGUCAGGGUGUAUAACCCCUCUCUCUCUCUCUGCAGGUCUUUUGGGGUGGUGUUAUGGGAGAUAGUGUAGGGUCAGGGUGUAUAGGGUGUAUAACCCCUCUCUCUCUCUCUGCAGGGUUUUUGGGGUGGUGUUAUGGGAGAUAGUGUAGGGUCAGGGUGUAUAGUGUAUAGGGUGUAUAACCCCUCUCUCUCUCUCUGCAGGUCUUUUGGGGUGGUGUUAUAGGAGAUAGUGUAGGGUCAGGGUGUAUAACCCCUCUCUCUCUCUCUGCAGGUCUUUUGGGGUGGUGUUAUGGGAGAUAGUGUAGGGUCAGGGUGUAUAACCCCUCUCUCUCUCUCUGCAGGUCUUUUGGGGUGGUGUUAUGGGAGAUAGUGUAGGGUCAGGGUGUAUAACCCCUCUCUCUCUCUCUCUGCAGGUCUUUUGGGGUGGUGUUAUGGGAGAUAGUGUAGGGUCAGGGUGUAUAACCUCUCUCUCUCUCUCUGCAGGUCUUUUGGGGUGGUGUUAUGGGAGAUAGUGUAGGGUCAGGGUCUAUAACCCCUCUCUCUCUCUCUCUGCAGGUCUUUUGGGGUGGUGUUAUGGGAGAUAGUGUAGGGUCAGGGUCUAUAACCCCUCUCUCUCUCUCUCUGCAGGUCUUUUGGGGUGGUGUUAUGGGAGAUAGCCACACUAGCAGAGCAGCCCUACCAAGGGAUGUCCAAUGAACAGGUGCUGCGUUUUGUAAUGGACGGAGGACUGCUAGACAAACCAGACAACUGCCCUGACAUGAUGUUUGAGUUGAUGCGUAUGUGUUGGCAGUACAACCCGAAGAUGCGUCCGUCGUUUCUGGAGAUCAUCAACAGCAUCAAGGAGGAGCUGGAGCCGCCGUUCAGAGAGAUGAGUUUCUUUUACAGCCAAGAGAACAAGCUUCCAGACACAGAGGAGUUAGACAUGGAGGUAGAGAACAAGAAGAAUGUUCCUCUAGGCCCAGCUGCCUCUUCACGCCCCCCCAUCCCCUCCGGGUCCGCCCAGCCCAACCAGCCCCCUCCUCCCCCCUCCCAACAGACACCAGCCUCCACGGCCCCCGACGGUCAAUUAACGCUGGGCUCCACCCCCCCUUCAGCCCCGUCCUCUGGGCAGGUUCAGCCCCAAGCUCCCUCGUCCCCCUGCUCCCCAGCCCUCGGGGCCACCAGCCAGGCCUGCUGCUCCCCAGUGGCCCCUGGCCCCUCCUCGGACCAGAACUCAGGUGCCUCAGGACAGGUGGCGUCCAACGGCCCCGAGGCGGUCGCCCAGGUCCUGCUGCGACCAGCCUUCAAUGACUCACCGCCCUACACACACAUGAACGGAGUGAGGAAGAAGGAACGUGCCAUGCCCCUCCCACAGUCCUCGGCCUGCUGAUCCUAGUCGACCCCUCUCCAUCCCUCAUCCCUCUUUUCUAAAGAGCUUGUUGGACCCCUCUACUUUUUCAUUGUGUUAUUGUAUUGACAUUUCUCUCAACUGUUGACAUCUCUCUCAACUGCCUGAUAUAAACGCCCUCCUGCUGAGGCAUGCUGGGAGACCCUGGACCACAACCUGGACAACGCCCUCCUGCUGAGGCAUGCUGGGAGACCCUGGACCACGGUGGUUUUAUAUCCCUUUAGGCCCAACUACCUUUAUAUAGAAAACGCAAGUCCGUUGUUCAGGAAGGUUUCUGGUUACCGGUACCAGUCAGAAGGUUGGACACACCUACUCAUUCCAGGGUUUUUCUUUAUUUUUACUAUUUUCUACAUUGUAGAAUAAUAUUGAAGACAUCAAAACUAGGAAAUAACACAUAUGGAAUCAUGUAGUAACCAAAAAAGGGUUAAAUAAAUCUAAAUAUAUUUGAGAUUCUUCAAAGUAACCACCCUUUGCCUUGAUGACAGCUUUGCACACUCUCUGCACACUCUCGGCAUUCUCUCAACCAGCUUCAUGAGGAAUGCUUUUCCAACAGUCUUGAAGGCGUUCCCACAUAUGCUGAGCACUUGUUGGCUGCUUUUCGUUCACUCGGUGGUCCAACUCAUCCCAAACCAUCUCAAUAUGGUUGAGGUCGGGUGAUUGUGGGGGCCAGGUCAUCUGAUGCAGCACUCCAUCACUCUCCUUCUUGGUCAAAUAGCCCUUACGCAGCCUGGAGGUGUGUUGGGUCAUUGUCCUGUUGAAAAACAAAUGAUGGUCCCACUAAGCCCAAACCAGAUGGGAUGGCGUAUCGCUGCAGAAUGCUGUGGUAGCCAUGCUGGUUAAGUGUCCCUUGAAUUCUAAAUAAAUCAGUGUCACCAACAAAGCACCCCCUCACCAUCACACCUCCUCCUCCAUGCUUCACGGUGGGAACCACACAUGCAGAGAUCAUCAGUUCACCUACUCUGCGUUCCACUGGUCUAAUGUCCACUGGUCGUGUUUCUUGGCCCAAGCAAGUGUCUUUUUAUUAUUGCUGUCCUUUAGUAGUGGUUUCUUUGCAGUAAUUCUACCAUGAAGGCCUGAUUUCACACAAUCUCCUCUAAACAGUUGAUGUUGAGAUGUGUCUGUUACUUGAACUCUGAAGCAUUUAUUUGGGCUGUAAUCUGAGGUGCAGUUAACUCUAAUGAACUUGUCCUCUGCAGCAGAGGUAACUCUGGGUCUUUCUUUCCUGUGGCGGUCCUCAUGAGAGCCAGUUUCAUCAUAGCGCUUGAGGGUUUUUGCGACUGCACUUGAAGAAAUGUUCAACAUUCUUGAAAUGUUCCCGGAUUGACUGACCUUCAUGUCUUAAAGUAAUGAUGGACUGUCGUUUCCCUUUGCUUAUUUGAGCUGUUCUUGCCAUAAUAUGGACUUGGUCUUUUACCAAAUAGGGCUAUCUUCUGUAUACCACCCCUACCUUGUCACAACACAACUGAUUGGCUCAAACGCAUUAAGAAGGAAAGAAAUUCCAUAAAAUAACUUUUAACAAGGCACACCUGUUAAUUGAAAUGCAUUCCAGGUGACUACCUCAUGAAGCUGGUUGAGAGAAUGCAAAGCUGUCAUCAAGGCAAAGGGUGGCUAUUUGAAGAAUCUCAAAUCUAAAAUAUAUUUUGAACUGUUUCUGUUUUUUUGGUUACUACAUGAUUCCAUAAGUGUUAUUUCAACAAUUUAGAUUUCUUCACUAUUAUUCUACAAUGUAGAAAAUAGUAAAAAUAAAGAAAAACCCUUGAAUGAGUAGAUGUGUCCAAACUUGUGACUGGUACUGAGAUGGUACACUAUAUAUAUAGUGUGUAUAUAUAUAUAGUGUGUUUUUAUUAGUUUUUCUAAAUAUUCCCAAAUGGAGACAGCCUUUCAGAGUGAUGGUUGGUUCACUGUGUAAUAGUGGGGCAUUAUUAUUAUUGUGAGGUUUUAUCUUCUGUCUGGAUGCAACGGUCAAGCGCUGUCUGUGUCUGUGUUGUAUAUCAGUGGAUGGACAGACUCCUCUCUGUUGCACUGGGACAAGAUGGUCACCACUGAUGAUGUUUAGUUGUCUGGCGUAAACUACUUGUCUUCUCCGUUUGUCUUGUCUGUGAUUGACAGGAAGCAUUCUGACACUAGCGUAAACUACUUGUCUUCUCCCUUUGUCUUGUCUGUGAUUGACAGGAACCAUUCUGACACUAGCGUAAACUACUUGUCUUCUCCCUUUGUCUUGUCUGUGAUUGACAGGAAGCAUUCUGACACUAGCGUAAACUACUUGUCUUCUCCCUUUGUCUUGUCUGUGAUUGACAGGAACCAUUCUGACACUAGCGUAAACUACUUGUCUUCUCCGUUUGUCUUGUCUGUGAUUGACAGGAAGCAU